UCAUUUGAUUAGUGUCUGGUGACUGAGCCAAGAAGUAAUUAGUCUUUCUAGUUUGCUCUUGCAAGCUUCUUAUUGAACUUCUUUACGGGUUUAUUUCCAGUUUGGUAUGCUCCAAUUUCCAUAACUAUAACCUUCAGAUUUAAUUUGCAAGACACAAUGAGUUCGUCAGAUGGCGUCCAGAAGAAGGAAAAAGUGGAGAAACUACGUAGGGAUGCUAGGGAAGGCAAGUGGUACGACGUACUGGAAACAUACAAGAAAGAAAGAGAGCUUCGCACGGAGAAGAUAACAGAAAAAGGAGAUACAGCGUUACACGUGGCUUUGGCUAAAGAUGUGCACUGGGCGGCGUCAAAAAUGGUAUCCUUCAUACUUGAAGAAGAAGAGAAAACUGUACUGAAAGACAAGGUUGAAGAUGGAGCAAUAAUAAGCUACGCGAGGGAGGUGUUUGGGGCAAAGAAUAAGAAAGGUAACACUGUUCUACACUUAGCUGCUAGAGUGGGGAACCUUAAAGUUUGCAAGAAGAUCGGUAAAAGAGAGCCCUCCUUACUGAGUGACCGGAACUUCGCUGGCGAGACGCCGCUCUUCGUGGCAGUUCUCCAUGGCAACAAGCAAGCUUUUCUUUGGCUUCAUUAUCUUUACACGGAGAGCUAUGCAGAUUCUUCUGCAACAAAAUAUGCCAACUGCACAAGGGACAACAAUGAUACCAUUCUUCAUUGUGCAAUUGAAAAAGGGUGUAUAGAUAUAGCAAUGGAAAUAUUUCACCUUUAUGAAGAUCUUGUGAAGUCGAAAGAGAUGAAGCGCAACGAUAAUGGGUUAUCUCCACUGCAUCUCCUAGCAGUCACGCCUUCAGCUUUCAAAAGUACUGCUCUCCAUGGUCGAUUUUUCACUGUUCAUCUUGCUUAUCGGCUUUUUAGUGUUAAAAAGAAGGAGGGUGCGACGGCGAUGGAAAAAUUGAAAAAACGUGAAAGAGCAUCACUCGACGAUUUACUCUCUUGUUUAGAAUCCUGCUCUUCUAUUGUAUUUGAUAACCGUUGGGUGAAGAGUGCUUUGGUCCUGUUGGGGUAUAUAAUGUUCGCUCCUGUAGUCCUCCCAGUGUACCUCCUGUUUUUAUUUUUAUUAGCAGGGGAAUGGCUUCGUGACAUACGAAAAAUGAAGGAGGAGCACGAAUGGUAUGGUCAAAUAAUGAAUGGACUUCUUGAGCAUGUCUCCGAUGAAGAAAUGUUAAAGAUAAAACAUGACGACAGUGAGCCAGGAUCUAUAAUAGUUGAGACACCCCUAAUGAUUGCUGCGAGGAAUGGUGCGACAGAAAUGGUGGAGAGGAUUGUGGAAUUAUUUCCGUCGAGGAUUAAAGAUGUGAAUGGUGAGAAGAAGAACAUUGUUCUACUAGCAGCAGAAAAUAGGCAGACCAAGUUAUAUCAGUUUCUAUCGGAUCAAAAGGACGAAACCAUUCCCGAUAGUGCUUUUAGCCAAGUGGAUGAAGACGGAAACACUGCAUUGCACUUGGCCGCCAUGAAUGGUGCCAACCUAAAUAUGCAAACAACUACCAUGAUAGAGGAAUUCAAGUGGUUUGAGUUUGUGAAGAAAUCAAUGCCUCCUGAUUUGUUGGAGAGGUACAACAAUGAUGGGAAAACCGCAGACAAAAUCUUUCAAGACAGUUACAAUGAACUAAUGACAAGCGACAGAGAGUGGUUGAAUCAAACCUCACAAGCAUGUUCUGUUGUAUCGACUCUAGUUUCGUCGAUAGUAUUUCCAAUGGUAGUAGAAAGUUCCAAUGAUAAGGGCAAGUCAAUCUUUAGAAACAAGUUUGGAUUCAAAGCUUUUCCAAACUUAUAUCUCGUGGCCCUUGCCUUGUCCCUCAUUUCCACCAUCUCCUUCUUGGGAAUACUUGCUUCUCGUUAUCAAUCUGUUAGCAUUUGGAGAUACAUUCCUUUCAUGCUUCAAAUUGGCAUGUCAUUCAUGUUUGGCUCCAUUUUUUCAUUGUGGAUCGCUCUCAUGCUCCAUGACGAUCACUCUCCAACAACUUACGGAGUUCUUGGCUCUCCAAUCGCCAUUCUUAUCAUUCUCUUACUACCCAUAUUCAUUGGUCCUACAUUGAUGUCUUUGUUUUCCAAGGUUCCUGCCCCUAGUCGUGGGACUGUUGGUGCCAUCCGAUAUAGAAGGACCAAGAAAAAGGAACAUGCAACAGAUUUGAACCCCCGAAAUUAAGUGCAUAUGUCCUGUUGUUCAAACAACACCAUCCAUCAUCACUUUCAUUUUAAAUGUGUGUGGUUUGAUAGUUUUAUUAUUAUUUUUUGUUUGCAAAAAUAUGUGUGUAAUAACUAUACUAUUUCAUUAUCA